UUUCGCCAUGGACCCGCGCCGCCCGGCCCCGCGCGGCGGCGCCAACGGCAGCGGGUUCUCCUACUCCAACCUCUUCAACCUCGAGCCACUGCUGAACUUUAAGGUCCCUUUGCCGGAAGAUCUCGAUCGCUAUGCGAAUAGUAGCCCAAACGGGAGCACGAGUAGCCAAGGUCAAGCUUCGUUGUCAGAUCCGUACAAUGGUAUCAGUGAUGCUUCUCAUGGGCUGCAUCGGAAGCGAAAAAGGCAUCUUGGUGUUGCUAGCGAUGAUGAGGAAGCAGAUGCCUACAGCAAUCAAGUAACCGAGGAGCACUACCGUACAAUGUUGAGUGAGCAUGUUCAGAAGUACAGAAGGUCAAAGGCUAAGGAGGGUGUUUUUGGUUCGGAUCCUCGGGCAGACGUCCGCCAAAUAAUAAAACACAAAAGUGACCAUACUAGAGCUGUGAAAUACAGGAGUGAUUUCAAGGAUGUUGCCGCACCUGAGUUUAAUGGGGCAGGAUGUAUUGGUGCAUAUGGUGGUUUUAAUAAGAUUGUAGCUUCACUUGACUCUUCCUAUUUGGAUAUGGGGGAUAAUGUAAGCUACUUAAUUCCAGAGGGUUAUGAUAAGUUGGCAGCUUCCCUGAAUCUGCCUGUUUUUUCUGAUUUACGUGUCGAGGAGCAUUUCUUGAAUGGCCCGCUAGAUCUGCGCACCCUAUCAGCAAUGCUUGGCACUGACCGUAAGUUUGAGGCUACUAAUCGUGGUGGAUUAGCCGAACCUCAGCCGCAACACGAAUCACUCCAGGAAAGGGUAAAGAUACAGAAAUUUUCUCUUCAAGUAACCGAGGACCCCUUUGCAAUUCCAGAAGGAUCAGCAGGCAGGAUACGGAGGUCUAUUAUUUCAGAAUCUGGCAGUUUGCAGGUUCAUUAUGUUAAAGUCUUGGAAAAAGGAGAUACAUAUGAGAUUAUCGAACGUAGCUUGCCAAAGAAGCAAAUAGUGAAAAAGGAACAUUCUGAAAUUGCGAAAGAAGACUUGGCAAGUUUUUUGAAACGCUGGCAAAUUAUUGCCAGAAACAUUCCAAAGCAUCACAGAAAUUUUGCUGCUUUGCUGAAGAAACGACAAAUGGAUGCUAAACGCUUCUCUGAGAAUUGUCAACGGGAGGUGAAGCUCAAAGUAAGCAGGUCACUGAAACUGAUGAGAAGUGCUCCAAUCCGUACAAGGAAGCUUGCUAGGGAUAUGCUGAUAUUUUGGAAACGAGUAGACAAGGAGCAGUAUGAGUUGAGGAAAAAAGAGGAAAGGGAUGCAGCUGAAGCGUUGAAGAGAGAAGAGGAACUACGCGAAGCAAAAAGACAGCAGCAGAGGCUCAACUUUCUGAUAUCCCAAACUGAGCUCUAUAGUCACUUUAUGCAAAAUAAGGCUGGUGAAUCAGCACUGCCUGAUGAGGGAUCUGUCCCUGAGGGUGACGAGGACGAAGAUCCCGAGGAAGCCGAACUGAAGAGAGAAGCUUUAAGAGCUGCUCAGCAUGCCGUAUCCCAACAAAAAAGGAUGACAAAUGCUUUUGACAGUGAAAUUGUGAAGCUUAGCCAAUCUGCAGAUUCUGGUAUUCCAACUGACGAUUCAGCUGAGCCUAGCAAGAUUGAUCUCUUACACCCCUCAACAAUGCCUGAGCAGUCAUCUGUGCAGACCCCGGAGUUGUUUAAAGGUGUAUUAAAAGAAUAUCAGUUAAAGGGCUUGCAGUGGCUGGUCAAUUGUUAUGAACAGGGGUUAAAUGGCAUUCUUGCUGAUGAGAUGGGCCUUGGCAAAACUGUUCAGGCUAUGGCAUUCUUAUCCCACUUGGCUGAGGACAAGAACAUAUGGGGACCCUUCCUGGUGGUUGCUCCUGCAUCUGUUGUGAAUAACUGGGCUGAAGAGGUGAUCAGAUUCUGCCCUGAUCUUAAGAUACUCCCAUAUUGGGGUCCGGAAAGGAUGGUUCUUCGGAAGAACAUCAACCCCAAGCGUCUUUAUCGGAGAGAUGCUAGCUUCCACAUUCUCAUUACAAAUUAUCAGAUACUUGUGAAUGAAGAGAAGCUUUUGAGACGUGUUAAGUGGCAGUACAUGGUACUGGAUGAGGCCCAGGCUAUUAAAAGUUCAAGCAGUCAGCGCUGGAAGACUUUGCUGAGCUUUAACUGUAGAAAUCGUUUGCUUCUUACUGGGACACCGAUUCAGAACAACAUGGCUGAGUUAUGGGCACUUCUCCAUUUUAUCAUGCCCACUUUGUUUGAUAGCCAUGAACAGUUCAAUGAGUGGUUCUCAAAAGGUAUCGAGGGCCAUGCUGAACAUGGAGGGACCUUGAAUGAACAUCAGCUUAGUCGACUGCAUGCUAUAUUGAAGCCGUUUAUGCUCCGCCGGGUUAAGAUUGAUGUCAUUGCAGAAAUGACAAAAAAGAAAGAAGAAAUUGUGCACUGCAGAUUGAGUUCUCGUCAGCAAGUCUUCUAUCAAGCUAUAAAGAACAAAAUCUCUCUUAAUGAGUUGCUUGACGGAAGACGUGGCAAUCUAAAUGAUAAAAAGCUGCUUAGCCUGAUGAAUAUUGUCAUGCAGCUACGGAAGGUCUGCAAUCACCCUGAGCUGUUUGAGCGCAACGAGGGAAGCUAUUACUUUAACUUUGCGGAGAUCCCAAAUUCUCUUCUUCCUCCCCCAUUUGGGGAAUUGCAAGAUAUACAUUAUGCAGGCAAGAGGAAUCCAAUAAUGUUUGAGAUUCCAAAGUUGGUUUACGAAGGAAUCAUCUGUAACAGGGAAAUGCCCAUGCAUGGCUGUGGCUUCCAGAGUGGAUAUUUCAACAGGCUGUUCAAUAUAUUUUUGCCGAGCAAUAUCCAUAAGUCGGCAUUCCCAGAAUCAACUUCAUCAGACAAGCCUGUUCUGCUAUCUGGUGCAUUUGGAUUUACACGCUUAACGAAUCUGUCCCCAGUUGAAGCUUUUUUGGCCACGUGUUCAUUAUUUGAGAGACUAGCAUUCUCAGCAACACAUUGCAAGAGGGAUGUCGAUGAAAUUGUGGAUCUGUUCCUUGAUUCAGAAGGUCCUGAUCUCCAGCUCAGUCAGAAUGAUGCCACAAAAGUCCGUGCUGUUACUAGAUUGUUGCUUUCACCUAAAAGGGCAGACUCCAGUUUGCUCAGAACAAAGGCUGAGAUAGGCCUGAGUGAUAACCCAUGUGAAGCACUAGUUCUUUCUCAUCAUGAUAGGCUUGUCUCGAACAUACGGCUUCUUCGUUCAACAUAUGGUUUUAUUCCACCAGCUAGAGCACCGCCGAUAAAUGUCAGGUGUUCAGAUAGAAAUUUUGCCUACAAGUUAACCGAUGAGAUGCAUGAUCCCUGGAUCAAGAAGCUGUUCUUGGGAUUUGCUCGCACUUCUGAGUUCAAUGGUCCUAGAGAACCGAAUGCUCCCAAUCCUAUGAUCCAAGAAGUAUGUUCUGUUUCGCCCAUCCCUGAGCCGAUACUGCAGCUACCAUACAGGAUAUUUGGGUCAUCUCCACCUAUGAGUAAUUUUGAUCCAGCUAAAAUGCUUACAGAUUCUGGAAAGCUCCACACCUUAGAUAAACUACUACGGCAACUCCGAGCUGAAAAUCACCGUGUGCUCUUAUUUGCUCAGAUGACUAAAAUGUUGGACAUCCUUGAGGACUACAUGAAUUUCAGAAAAUUCAAGUAUUCCAGACUUGAUGGUUCUUCUGCAAUUUCUGAUCGUCGUGACAUGGUCCGAAACUUUCAAAACAGGAAUGAUAUAUUUGUUUUCUUGCUAAGCACAAGAGCAGGGGGGCUAGGAAUUAAUUUGACCGCUGCUGAUACGGUUAUAUUUUAUGAAAUUGACUGGAAUCCGACUCAAGACCAGCAGGCAAUGGAUAGAACGCACAGGCUUGGUCAGACGAAGGAGGUAACUGUGUAUAGACUUAUAUGCAAAGACACUAUUGAGGAGAAAAUAUUGCAAAGAGCGAAGCAGAAAAAUGCAGUGCAAGAGUUGGUCAUGAAAGGGAAACAAGUCCAGGAUGAUCAUCUGAUGAGACAAGAGGAUGUAGUUUCAUUACUUCUUGACGAUACACAGAUCGCACACAAAUUGAAAGAAAUAUCAAUGCAGGCGAAGGAUCGGCUAAAGAAGAGGCGAGCAAAGGCCAUCAAGGUUGACAAAGAAGGAGAUUUGAUGCUUGAAGAUUUGGAUGAUCCGACUGCUGAUUCUGUAGAACAAGAUAACACAACCAGCAAAAAGAAAAAGAGUUCGCACAAGAAAUCUCUGAAGUCACAGGACAAUGAUAGUGAUGUCAAGGCUCUCACGGAGAACGAUAUCCCUGAGAGUGGUCCUGCCGAAGAUGAAGAUAUUGCUUCUCAGAGGCCUAAAAGAUCAAAGAGGCUGGCAAGAAGCACGGGUGAAGAUAACGAACCCGUCGCUGCAUCUGAUGUUGAGAAAGCUGUAGAUGCAGCUGAGACCAGCAUGUCUCAUGACUACCAUGAUGCAGAAGAGUCGCAAGAUCAGAUUCAUACAGCCUAGUUGAUUGACUGAACUGACCAGAUGAGAAUAGAAUAUUCAAAAUGGCAAGACUCGUUAAUUUAUUGUGGGAGUAUGAGCAUCAGAAAUGUCACAGUUAUAAUCACCAGAGGAGGUUUCUCUGGAUCUGCUGAAGGUGUUGCCCAGUUCAAUAAGUAUGUAUCAUACAGCUUCUUUUCAGAAGCCUGGGAACUGCGCGACUGCAACGCGCAUCCUUGAUUAUUUGGAGGACAAGGCUUCAGUGUGGUUGUAAUAAGCCAAUUAUGGCUGCUACUCCUUCAGAUGUUACUGUUGCCUUGGAUGUUAGCCUGCUCAUGGUAGCCAUUGUGUAAAUAAGUAUUAGCAAUGUUCCAUCACAUAUAGAAAUAUUUUUUUGCAGUGUAAAGAGGGUAGCUGAUAUAUUAGUCAUAAGUUUUGUAAUGAUUUAGGCUAAAAAUUAACGUAACACCGGACGUGGCUUCGAGUUGGAAACGUAUCUUUUGUCACUA